AGUAUAAAAGCAUUGAAGCGAAAAAGUAAGGCAACACCCGACUAUUGACUACUGACGAAGAAACUACUUUGAAUUCUACUUCUUUGACGAAUAAGUCAAAUACACCCAACUGCAACAUGCUGUCUUGCCGUGUCAUACUUGUUCUCCUGGUUAUUUUGUCCACUGCUGUUUUGAACGCAGAAGCAGUCUACAGGAAGCCGCCCUUUAAUGGAAGCAUCUUUGGCAAACGAUCCAUGGGUAUAACUGCAGAUUAUGACGUGACCAACAGAGCAUUGGCAACAAUGUGUGAGGUUGCCAGCGAAACUUGCAGCAUUUGGUUAAAUCACCAAGAUACGAACUGAAAUCCUUUAGCGAAUUACAGCAUAAAGUACCAAUUGAAAUUUAUUAUUAAAUAAAGUGCAGCCAAUAUAACAAUAAUUUAUCAUUAAAAUUGUAACCAAUGGGAGAAAAUUCACAGCGCUUCUUCGCCAAUCGCACUAUUCAUGUAGUGUUUUAUUACUUUUUUUCUAGUAUUCAUUAGAACCGAAAAAUGUAUGUAUUGUAA